UGAAAUACGUGGUUGAAUUGAAUAAGGAAUCAACUUAGGUGGCGUAUUUGUGGACCCCACCAUUACCCAGGUGCAGUGAAAUGGUGCAGUGAAAUGGUGCAGUGAAAUGAUGCAAUGCAACGCAACGCAACGCGGGAACGGAAGGAAUCGAUCACUCCUUUGACUCAACCUAAUCAUUCAUUUUCCUCACACCAAUCACACGCCUUCUUAUUCUCUCUUUCUCUUCACGCUUUCUCUUCUCCGAUUUUCCAUACUUUACUUUCCACCCAAAUCAAACAAUGUAUCCGAAGGUGAAGGUAAGACACGAUGACGACGGUGAACUUGGUCUCAAAGCUUUCCUGUCUCUGUAUUUGCAGCCAUCUUCUCCAGUGACAGACAAGAAAGUUGUCUCCAUGCCCUCUGUUGUAAGAGUACCGGAGUGUUAUGUUCCACAUGUAGCUAUUCCAAGAGUACCCCUAACUGAAGAUUCUGGAGACUUCAGUGUUUCUUCAGUAACUACAGGAUCUGAGAAGGAUGGCAGUACUGAUGAAAAUAAAGUAAAUAUUAGAGUCAGUUCAAUUCCUCCACCUCGUGCUGUCAUUUCUAGUCCUGAUAAUGACAUAAUGAUUGGAAAUCGAAACAAGACUAGAGAUGGAAGACUUUUUACUUCAAAGAAUGGUUCUGUGUUGCAAAAUCGACAUGCACACUGCAAAGUUAGAUUGCAUGAUGCCACUGAUAUUCCUUCAGAUACAAGAAAACACAGGGAGCCUGGGUCUAAAGAAGAAAUUGAUUCUGUAGGAAAGAUAAAGACCCAUAAAGGUAGCAUAAAAUUCGAAAAGGUACCUUGGAGAUUUUAGUUCUGGUGAAAUCUAGCAUGACUAGAUACAGUUUUUUGGAGAUCAAAAUGUAGUGUGAUAUUAAUCUAGGAUUAGGUUUCCUGCCAUAGAAAAAGAGAGAAUACAAUGGUGCAUGCUUUGGUGUUUCAUGUAAUAUAGCCACUUCUGCAUGCUAUACUUCCCUCAAAGUUUUGAUUGACCACUUGAUGCGCCCGUGCAAGAUUCUUUAAGGAAGAAGCCAAUGCCUGCAGGGUCAUCAUAUAUAUUGCGUUUUCCCCCAUUUUUAAUCUUUUUUUUUAGAUUGUUUGAGGGAGCAUAUCAAAUAGUAGCGUUUCAUGGUAUCUAAUGUGUAUAAGAAAUUAAUACCUUGGAGCAAACAUGAAUUUACGAAUUUUGCUACGUAUAUUGUAUGUAGAUUAUGUUACGCUUAAGUGAAUAUAAAUAAAUUUAAUGCGAACUACUCAUUUUAGCUUUGUUGUCA